AUGAAUACAGAUGCUACAACCUCGUUAAUCCCCAAAGAAACUAAUUCCGUAUCACUACAAAUCCCGACAUUAACCGCGACAAACUACACCACAUGGGCGAUCAAGAUGGAGGCUGUUAUGGACGCUCAAGGCUUGUGGGAGUCCGUUGAACCGCCCGCCAAUGCGGUGUUAGACGAGAAGAAAAACAAAACGGCUCGAGCAUUCAUCUUCCAAGCGAUCCCAGAAGACGUCUUGUUGCAAGUGGCAAAGAAGAAGACGGCGAAGGAGAUUUGGGAAUCGUUGAAGACGCGAUAUGUGGGUGCCGAACGGGUUCAGAAGGCACGUCUACAUACUCUCAAUAGUGAAUUUGAAUCAUUGAAGAUGAAAGACGAGGAGUCGAUUGAUGAUUUCGCGGGAAAAUUAAGUGGCUUGGGAUCUAAGUAUAACAGUCUCGGGUCAACGCUUGAAGACGGCAAGUUGGUUAGAAAAUUGUUGGAUGCGGUCCCAGAUAGGUAUCUCCAACUCGUUGCGUCGAUGGAACAAUAUUCGGAUGUGGACAGUAUGCCGUUUGAGGAGGCUGUAGGGCGUUUAAAAGCGUAUGAAGAUAGGCUGAAAUUGAGGAAGGGAAACACAUCAAGUGAGAGCGGGUUGCUACUCACUCGGUCCGAGUCACACUUGGGUCAGAAAUCACCGGGCAAAGGGUAUUCGUCUGGUGGAAGGGGACGUGGUUCAAAAUGUUGA